GACUGAAUGGCGGCUAGGCCUCAGAUCUCUCCUACAGGUAACAUGCUGCCACGGGGGAACCUGCCAGUUUUAUACAUCAGGUCAUGUAUUUUCUUUUCCUUUUUUUUUUCUUUUUUUUAGACGGAGUCUUGCUCUGUUGCUCAGGCUGGAGUGCUGUGGUGCAAUCUCGGCUCACUGUAAGCUCCGCCUCCUGGGUUCACGCCAUUCUCCUGCCUCAGCCUCCCGAGUAGCUGGGACUACAGGCGCCUGCCACCAAGCCUGGCAAAUUUUCUGUAUUUUUAGUAGACACGAGGUUUUACCAUGUUAGCCAGGAUGGUCUCGAUCUCCUGACCUCAUGAUCCACCCGCCUCUGCCUCCCAAAGGGAUGAGAUUACAGGUGUGAGCCACCACGCCCGGCUUAAGGUCACGUAUUUUUAUUUUUUUAUUUAUUUUUUAUUUUUUUUUUAAGACAGAGUUUUGCUCUUGUUGCCCAGACUGGAGUGCAAUUGCACGAUCUCAGUUCACUGCAACCUCUGCCUCCCAGGUUCAAGCAAUUCUGCCUCCCAAGUAGCUGGGAUUACAGGCAUGCGCCACCACACCCGGCUAAUUUUUUGUAUUUAGUAGAGACGGGGUUUCACCAUGUUGGUCAGCCUGGUCUGGAACUCCUGACCUCAGGUGUUCCACCUGCCUCAGCCUCCCAAAGUGCUGGGAUUGCAGACAUUGAGCUACUGUGCUCAACCUGAGGUCAUGUAUUUUUGAUUCAUAACUUUUACAAAUAUUUACUGGAUGACUGCCAUGCCAGGCAUUUUGAGGAAUACUUGGCUACUGUCUGACCACCUGAAUCCUUGGAGCCGAAGAGCAGCGAGGAGCACUGUUCAUUCCUGGAGGAAAUGGGAUAUUUCCUCCGGCCCCUUGAUUCUGCUCUUCCUUUUUUUUUCUUUUCUUUCUUUUUUUUUUUUUUUUUUUGAGACGGAGUUUCGCUCUUGUUGCCCAGGCUGGAAUGCAAUGGUGCGAUCUCGGCUCACCACAACCUCCGUUCAAGCGAUUCUCCUGCCUCAGCCUCCCAAAGUAGCUGGGAUUACACACAUGCGCCACCACACCCGGCUAAUUUUGUAUGUUUAGUAGAGACGGGGUUUCUCCAUGUUGGUCAGGCUGGUCUCGAACUCCCGACCUCAGGUGAUCCGCCCGCCUUGGCCUCCCAAAGUUCUGGAAUUACAGGCGUGAGCCACCGCGCCCGGCCUUCUUUUCUUUUAUUUCGUUUUUUUUGUUUGUUUUUGUUUGUUUGCUUGUUUUGGUAUAGAAGUGUUGGAACGUACACCUCUUUCUUAAACCAUCCUGACAAAGGCAAAGGAAAAAAUACAUUUCCCGUGAGGCGUUGGGACUAGAAUAGCUGGAGGUGGACGGCAGAGUGCCGCGACGACUGCCAGGAGUUGUAGUUCUCCCCGGCCGCGUCACUGCGGCGUCGCCCACCCGCCUUCCCCGGGCAGGCCACCGUUUUCUUUGUGGACGUGGCGAGGAGUGCCCGCGGCCCCCCAUGCACUCAUUGGCCCCGCCCCGUGAGACGCUCGUGCGAGCUCAUUGGGCGGGAGGCGGGGCUAUGCGCUGCCAGAGGCGGGGCCUGACUGGAGAGCUGCCGAAUUGGGCACAUUUGCGGGAACUCAGAGCCCAGCGUGGAGAGCGGAGCGAAGCUGGAUAACAGGGGACCGAUGAUGUGGCGAGCAUCGCUUCUGCUGCUUCUGUUGCUACUGAGGCACAGGGCCCAGGGGAAGCCAUCCCCAGACGCAGGCCCUCAUGGCCAGGGGAGGGUGCACCAGGCGGCCCCCCUGAGCGACGCCCCCCAUGAUGACGCCCACGGGAACUUCCAGUACGACCAUGAGGCUUUCCUGGGACGGGAAGUGGCUAAGGAAUUCGACCAACUCACCCCAGAGGAAAGCCAGGCCCGUCUGGGGCGGAUCGUGGACCGCAUGGACCGCGCGGGGGACGGCGACGGCUGGGUGUCGCUGGCCGAGCUUCGCGCGUGGAUCGCGCACACGCAGCAGCGGCACAUACGGGACUCGGUGAGCGCGGCCUGGGACACGUACGACACGGACCGCGACGGGCGUGUGGGUUGGGAGGAGCUGCGCAACGCCACCUAUGGCCACUACGCGCCCGGUGAAGAAUUUCAUGACGUGGAGGACGCAGAGACCUACAAAAAGAUGCUGGCUCGGGACGAGCGACGUUUCCGGGUGGCCGACCAGGAUGGGGACUCGAUGGCCACUCGAGAGGAGCUGACGGCCUUCCUGCACCCCGAGGAGUUCCCUCACAUGCGGGACAUCGUGAUUGCUGAAACCCUGGAGGACCUGGACAGAAACAAAGAUGGCUAUGUCCAGGUGGAGGAGUACAUCGCGGAUCUGUACUCAGCUGAGCCCGGGGAGGAGGAGCCGGCGUGGGUGCAGACGGAGAGGCAGCAGUUCCGGGACUUCCGGGAUCUGAACAAGGACGGGCACCUGGACGGGAGUGAGGUGGGCCACUGGGUGCUGCCCCCUGCCCAGGACCAGCCCCUGGUGGAAGCCAACCACCUGCUGCAUGAGAGCGACACGGACAAGGACGGGCGGCUGAGCAAAGCGGAAAUCCUGGGUAAUUGGAACAUGUUUGUGGGCAGUCAGGCCACCAACUACGGCGAGGACCUGACCCGGCACCACGAUGAGCUGUGAGCCCCGCGCACCUGCCACAGCCUCAGAGGCCCGCGAAAUGACUGGAGGAGGGGCCGCCGUGGUCUGGCCCCCUCCCUGUCCAGGCCCCGCAGGAGGCAGAUGCAGUCCCAGGCAUCCUCCUGCUCUUGGGCUCUCCGGGACCCCCUGGGUCAGCUUCUGUUCCUGUCAUACCCCCAACCCCAGGGAGGGGCUGUCAUAGUCCCAGAAGAUAAGCAACCCCUAUUUCUGACUGAGUCUCCCAGCCCAGACCCAGGGACCCUGGCCCCAAGCUCAGCAUCUAAGAACCGCCACCAACCCCUCCAGCUCCAAAUCUGAGCCUCCACCACACAGACUGAAACUCCCCUGGCCCCAGCCCUCUCCUGCCUGGCCCAGCCUGGGACACCUCCUCUCUGCCAGGAGGCAAUAAAAGCCAGCGCCGGGA